CUAUCACCAGCAGUACCUUCUUUUUUUCUCGAAAAGGGGAAAGACCUUCUGAAGAGCGCAAGGUGUGUGCGUGCUAUGGAGAACGGCAACGCCCUACCAUCUGGUGUCAGCAGGGACACUUUGCCCCAGGAUUUCCCCGCGGGGAUGAGGGUCCUCGUGGUGGAGGAUGACCCAAACGAUCUCGAGGACUUGACGCAAAUCCUCGAGAGGUGCGGCUACAAAGUGACGGCAAAAGCGUCGCCAAGAGAAGCGCUGAUAGAGGUGGAGGAGAAAGGAAAGGGCUUCCACUUCGAUAUCAUCGUGACCGUCGUGCACGGUGGCGAAGAAGGAGCUGGAUUCGAUGGCUUCGACCUCCUCGAGCGCGUUCGGGGUUGCUACCCAGUCAUCAUUUUCUCCCCGGACUAUUCCAAGGAGAUGGUGAUGAGGACAAUCAAUGAAGGCGCCUGCGACUUCAUGCCAAAGCCUAUGUGCUACCAGGAGGUGCGCAAUAUCUGGUUCCAUGUCGACAUGCAGAGGGGAUUAGAAGUGGACAACCCUGACGAGGGGGUAGAAGGAGCUAGCAACAAUGAGAAUCCCCCUGAGAUCAAAUAGCUCGGGAGACAUCUACAACUUCCGCUUGAUGAAUAAAGGUGGCACCAUUGUUUGCUCUGCAACCAGCUCUGGCGACCUCUGGCAUUGAAGUCUUAGUCACUCAGGGCAAGCUUCUGUUUCUGUAGUAGCUACAAAAUUACUUCCAUCAUGUAAUAAAUAAAUUCGGCAAACUCUUGUUUGUGAUUCUUGCCAGUUUGGAUGACAGCCCUACCUGCGUAUUGAUUCUUCCCUUUUUUUCUACUACUACCCCUCCAAAAAAUACAUUAUGAUUUGUGAAAUUUUCCCAUUGUAUUUUCCCUUCUUAUGAAUUUUAUGUCAUUAUUCUUGAUGAGUACU